CCUAUCGUCUAUCACGAAGACUAUUCCUUCGCCGAUUGGCCCUCGUUACACACCUUUCCCAUGGACAAAUUCGCUCGCACAGCUCACGCUCUUUUGACAACUUGUAAAGCGACUUACCCCGAAAGUUCGCUUCCUCGUCCACUGGUUCGCCAGGAAUUGGAUUUCUUCCGCCCGCUCGACUUUGGUGACGUUCCCCGAUCCUGGUUGUCCGGUCCGAUUGACUCCGUCUUCGUCGACCGCUUUCUGAAUGCUCAGCUAUCGCACGAAGAAUGCCGGGUCAUUGGAUUCCGGGAACAGACGGGUCGGACGGAGCUUAUUCGGCGGACCGUCUUGGAAGUGGCCGGGACGGUGCUCACGUCUCAGUUGGCUUGUCGCUACGGCAUCGCUGCACACGUGGCCGGCGGUACUCAUCACGCCCAUGUUACGGGUGGUGCCGGCUACACCAUAUUUAACGACUUGGCCGUCGCGACGCACGUCGUGACUGCGACGGAACCUUCUGUCGAGCGUGUGUUGGUCAUUGAUUGCGAUGUGCAUCAGGGCGAUGGGACGGCCCGCUUCUCGGCGGCCCCGGACGGUCCCUUGCACAGCAAACUCUACACGUUAAGUUUGCACUGUGCGAGUAAUUAUCCGCGCCUCAAGGCACAUUCCACCUGGGAUGUGGGUUUGCCGGACCGCAUGGAGGACGAUGAAUAUAUGGACGCGUUGGUCCGCGCCGUCGACGUGGCCUUGGCCGCUGCCCAACCCGAUCUAGUCCUGUACGACGCCGGUGUCGACGUAUAUCGCAAGGAUAAAUUGGGACGGCUCCACCUGACGCUCGACGGCAUUCGUCGACGCGAUCGGUGGGUACUGGAUCGGUGCGUGUCGGCGAGAAUUCCCGUCGCGGCCGUGGUCGGAGGCGGGUACGACCGUGACGUGGACGCCCUAGCACGACGACACGCAAUCGUGCACGAAGAAGCCAGCUACGUGUGGAGA